AGGAGAACUACGUAAGGACAAAAAGCAAGAAUGGACAGCUAGCAUUCCGAGCCGAGCAAACCCACAUAACUAUUUAAUGCAUCUGGUCCUCCGUAUCUGUCGCGGGAAUGCUUCUCGGCCUCUUUUCAGCUCAGCUCAGCUCGUCCGCCAAUCAUGACUACCACUACUACCACGACCGCCACUACCACUACAAUCAGCACUCUCUGUCAAGAGACGACUCUCGAUGACCUGCAAAAUGCAUUGUCGCAAACUUAUCAGGAUAUUUUGAUUAAGAAUCAGGCGUUGCUGGUUUCCGUCGCGGAAUCGGUGAAGGAAUACAUGUCGCAAUAUGACCUAUCGCACGACUUUCACCACAUCCUUCGUGUUGUAACACUUUCGCGACGAAUUCUAGAUGCCGAGUGCUCUCACGAUGAAAAUGGAGGAAUCGAAUACGAUCCAUUGGUUGUCUUUUUAAGCGCCCUGCUCCACGACAUCGGCGACCACAAAUACGUCAAAGCAGGCGAAAGCGCCACAGCUCAAAUAGCAACCAUGCUCUCACAAGCCGGCGCAUCACCACAAUUAACUACCAAAGUCCAAACAAUCGCCAGCAACAUCUCCUACACCACUGAAAUGAAAGACCGCGCGCGAUUACAGAGGAUUCUAAACCAACAUCGGGAACUGGGUAUCGUGCAGGAUGCGGAUCGGUUAGAUGCGAUUGGGGCUACGGGGAUUGGGCGCGCUUUUGCGUUCGGGGGCGCGAAGAAGCCGGAUAAUGGGCUGGAGAGCCAGAGGGACCAUAUUAGUGGGAAGUUGGAGGGAUUGGUGGAUUUUAUGAAGACGGGAACAGGGAAACGUAUGGGUGUUGAACGGACGAAGAGGUUGAGGAUAUUUCAAGAGUGGUGGGAUGAGGAGAUGAGGUUUGAGUCUUGAUUAUUUGUUCCUGUUGUGCUUAUAGUAGACCAGACCAGGUAAGCGGGUCUCGAUUGUUUAUUUGAUUGUAUGAUAUACAAAGUCAGAAAGCUCUUUUCAACCUCCAUCCAGUACACAUCCCCCGUGCAAGCACAAACAAUACAAAAGCAAGCACAUACGCCAUUACGUUUAGUCGACUGUACCGAUUAGCGAAAUAGCCUGGAAGAGC